AGUGUCAAAUCCCUCAGCACACAGACACACGCUCACUCUCCCUGAAGGAGGGAGGCAGAGACACAGAGCGGGGAUUCAGAGAGAGACGAGGCCAUCUCCGGGCUGCUCUCCACCGCCGCAGCAGCAGCGGCGUCGGGCUUUUGCUGACCGUGUUUUUUCCUGCGCCUGUUGUUUGCCUAAUUUAUUCCUGCUGGGGCCAGCAGAGAGAAGGAAAGGCAGAAAGGGGGGGAAAAGGACAGGCGGCGUAGCAAAGAGUGCAACAGUACACCGUGACUCGCCGACAGGGAAUGCAGCGAGAAGUUCUGGCCUCUGGUUGUUACUGCUGGAUGGACAAGUACUGACAAAACAAGAGGAGGACGAGAGAGGCAGCACUUUGUAAAGCUGUGAGAGGAGACGCAGCUGCGACUGAAGAGAUUUCUCAACUCUGCUUUUGUUUCAGCUUGUUGUUGCUUUUUUUUCCUUCUGUGACAUCUGAUCCCCCGCUGACUUUCCAGUUGAAAGAGAUCACGAGAGAAACUCUACUUCACCCGGACGACAGAAACAGGAGGUGAACUUUGCUGCUCCUGAGAGUAAAAAUAACUAAUUCUUUACUUAUUUUCACAUCAAGCCUGGACUCGAGUGCAGGUAGCCUUAAAUAUACUUUUAGAUUAACAGGCAGUCAAUUCGUCAGAGUUUCCCAAACUCCUCGGCUUAUUUUUCGGGGCAAAUCGUUUUCUCCUCUCCAUCACUAUCAGCCUCGACAAGUCAAGAGUGAGUCUAGGCUGGAGCUGAUGAACAGAUAAAAACCUCAGCGCGACAGGAACUGGUUGGACGAGUUUAUAAGUCAGAGCAGAGGGCAGGGCAGUUUAACCCUGCAUGAAGGAGGGCUGUGUGCGACUCUCCUCCCGCCUGCUCGUCCUUCCCAGAGAAAGUCGUGCGCUGAACACCCACACACAGACAUACUAUGCUUAGGGAUAGGUGAGAGUUUUUCUUUCAAAGGGGGAAGACGGAGAAAGAAAGUGAGAGGGAGGGAGUCAAAGUGUAAUUUAUUGUUUCCUGUGAAAAGAGCGAGGCUGCACCCUUUUCGCUGCCUGAACUCUGAACCGCACGCCGUGUUCGUGUGUGCGCGUCUGAAGUUUUGUCGGACCUCGGGAAGCCAGCGUGAUCAGAGGUCAGGACAGAGAGCCGGGGAUUAAAGAAGAGAGGGAGGACACAACGUGGAAAGACCCACAGGUCAGCUCGAGGCAAAGACGAGAAGGUCAAGAGGCGGAAUUUCCCCCCGUGACUUUGAAUCUCCUCGGAUUGCUGCCGUCGGGGGCGGAAUCGGCGCUUUAGACUCUGCGAGCCCGUUGGAAGGCGGUGGGACGGAGCAGGUCUGUGUAUGAUCCACUCGCAGGGCUGCACGUCUCAGAGAACAUGGCCAUGGUGAGCGGAGGAUGGGGUAAUCCCAACGGGGGCGCUAACGGACUCGGGGAAAAGGCUUACCUGAGGAGGGGGGAGGACGAGGAGGGGUCGCCCCGGGCCGGGAGCAGCGACGUGGACGUCGGCGACGACGACAAGGCCUGCGUGGUGGACUGCGUGGUGUGCGGGGACAAGUCCAGCGGGAAGCACUAUGGCGUGUUCACCUGCGAGGGCUGCAAGAGCUUCUUCAAGAGGAGCAUCAGGAGGAACCUCAGCUACUCCUGCAGGUACGGAGAGCACGCGUCGCUCUGCACGUGGAGAAGAUUUAUUGGGGCGGACUACUUCAACGGCCAGCCGGUGUCCGAGCUCAUCUCCCAGCUCCUCCGGGCCGAGCCGUAUCCCCCGAGCCGCUACGGGGCGCCGUACGGCCAGGCACAGAUGCAGGCAUCUGCGAGCGGCGCCUCCGUCAUGGGCAUCGACAGCAUCUGCGAGCUGGCAGCCCGUCUCCUCUUCAGCACCAUCGAGUGGGCCAGAAACAUCCCGUACUUCCCGGAGCUCCCGGUUUCAGAGCAGGUGGCGCUGCUGAGACUGAGCUGGAGCGAGCUGUUCAUCCUUAACGCGGCUCAGUCUGCUCUCCCGCUGCACAUGGCGCCUCUGCUGGCGGCGGCCGGCUUUCACUCGUCUCCCAUGUCCGCCGAGCGCGUCGUGUCCUUCAUGGAUCAGGUCAGGAUUUUCCAGGACCAGGUGGAAAAGCUGAACAGGCUUCAGGUGGACUCGGCCGAGUACAGCUGCCUCAAAGCCAUCGCGCUGUUUUCUCCUGACGCUUGUGGUCUGACAGACCCGGCUCACGUGGAGUCCCUGCAGGAAAAGGCUCAGGUCGCCCUGACGGAGUACGAGAGGUUGCAGUACCCCAACCAGCCUCAGCGCUUCGGCCGCCUGCUGCUGCGCCUCCCGGCGCUGCGCGCCGUCCCGGCUAACCUCAUCUCCCAGCUCUUCUUCAUGCGGCUGGUGGGCAAGACGCCGAUCGAGACGCUGAUCCGAGACAUGCAGCUAUCGGGGAGCUCCAUCAGCUGGCCCUACGCUCCGGGACAGUAAAGCCAGCGAGAGUGAGAUCGCACUGAGAUGACUCAGAGCUGCGGAGGUCACUUUUUCCUCUCGUUAGCUCUGCAAAGUUUGCCCGAUAUGACACCAAAGCUGCUUUCAGGGAAAAGAAAGUUUAAUCGUCUCGAACGUUUGCAGCAGACCUCUCUCGCCCUCAUUCCGGUAAAACUCCUUACCGCGAGGCCACGUGCCGGCACUACCUCCUCCCCCAUCGCCCCCAGUGUGACUUGAAACCAGAGUGCGCUCUGAACGAAGCCAUAGCAGCGCCACUUGCUGUAUGCUGCCGUGGCCGGGACGCGGCGUGCAGGUCGCACGCAAGCUGUGUGACGUUUUGUGCUGAAGUAAGAGACUUUGCUGCCAGACGAAGCAUUUGUGAAGACGGCGACGUGUCGCCUCGUGCAGCGCUUCAACACAGAGGAGGCUGCAGAUGUAUAUACGACACCUGUUCAACAUAGAUCAAAGUAAUCACUCAGGACUGAAGCUGAGCAGCUUCAGCUCGCUCUGUGCAAAGGUACCAAAUCCAGCAGACAGCACAACAAGCUUUUUUAGCCCCUUUACGAGGUGCUGGAAGGUUCCAACGAUCUUCUUUUCUCGUCUCUAUUCUGAGCUUAAAGCCGGCAGCUGAAGCCUCAAACGGCCACGAGAGCGGCGCCGACCUCCUCGACCAUUUUUCAGCAGAAAAUGUUGAACUGUUUCUUUUUAGUGCAUUACACGGCGCUGCAGAAGCUGCCGUUAGAAAUCAAGCGAAUGUACUUAAACACAGCCGGGCUCCUCGGGACGGGCGCAUCCCAGUCGGACGUUAUUACCUCAUGUUUUGUACAUCGGUGACAGAUGGAGAUUGUAUAGAGAAGUGUGUGUGUUAAAGAUAUUUACAAAGGGAUCAAGGCGCUGCUAUCACUGUAAGCAGACAAGACCCAGCGGGCAGGUCUUAGCCAAAAAUAGAGAUUAAAAUGUUAAGUUUCAUGUGACUUUAAUUGUUUGAGAUCAUUUAGCUACACUGAAUCAGUUGACGCCCGCUUUGCUGAUUAUUCUGUGCUUUUGUGAUAGAUGUGGUUUGAGUUAUUAUUUUGUGUCGAGAUGAUUGUGAACGGCGCUCUGACGUGAGAGGUACUUUGUUAUUGGUGUGUUAGCGCGACGACCUGCAGCUCAUUGUGAUGUUUUGUUUUGCCAAACUGAAGUAAGACGACGAGUCGGUGAUCGUUUCUGUUCUUUUUACAUUUCCAGUUAUGUCCUUUAAAAAAAAGGCGAGCGAGGCCACGAUCCCUCGCGCCGUCAGACGACUUCACCGCUUCGAUGUAAACUCCAGUGAUUUGAUUGUGUAGCUUUACGUUUAAAAGAAUCAUCUUUGUGUGACUGCGGCAAAACUGGAACGUGCAAAAGACGCCCGCGCGUUAUUUUUGCAUUGGAAAUAAACGUAUACGUUAUUUUGA